GGGUGCACGUCGCAUACGAACAUACAUUUCCAACCAGUAACCUCAUUAAUGCCAGUGACGUAAACCUAUUGAACAUAGUCGUAUACGCCUAGAAAGACUAAGUUAAUACGUGUCGAUGCAGCAUUGAUUCUCAGUGUACACGGACGUUAUAAAAAGUAACCUUGCCCGGUGCAUUCAUUAUUCAGUGGCUACGCUAGGCUAUCAGGAUGGCGCCCUUAAAAGUUAAUCAUGAGGAUUCGCAAUGACAUUAAUAAUGGCAACAUACCGAUUGUAGAUAGAAAAAAUGUAUCACUUCGAGAUUCGCAAGGAAGAGUAAAAAGUGAUAGUUUAAUUCAAAGCAGUAACAUAGAUAACUUUCAUCUUUGGCAUAAUGCCAACGAGCAUAUAGACAAUAGAACCAAUUUUAAUUCUAUUAAUUCAAGAACAAAUGAGUCCUCAGUCUGUAACCAUCUCUAUAAAUUGAGCAGGUUACUAGAACCAGAUAACACAAUUGAUGAAACUAUUACAAACAGUUCAAGAGACAUUAUUACAACAGUAAAUACCAAUGAUUCAAAAAAUAUUACUUCGAUUAACGAAGAACAACCCUUUUAUGAUAUAUCAGAUACAGAAGAAAUGUCGGAGGAUAGUAUUCAUCGAGUACCAAGAGGAAUUGUAAAUCCAAAUUAUCCUGGCUUUCAACAUUUAGCACAUACACUUCAGGAGUAUAGUUCAAAUAUAGAAAACUUUUAUCAAUCUGAAAAUGAAAUGACUGACGACGAUAUUGAUACGGACAUAACUGAUUUUGAAAUAAAGGAUGCUAAUGAAAAUUACAAGGAGCUUAACAAUAAUAAAUCAGAGUUCACAAACGGCCAGUUAAGUAAAUUGACCAAUAGCACUUUCGAAUCGACCAAGCAAAGUGACAUCCCUGAUCUUCUAAAAACGAUCUCAUCCAAUAACAAUAAUGAUGAUGCCGUAAAUUGCGAUAUUACUUUUAUAGGAAAUGAUAUAGAGAAUAAUUUCAAUACAAAAGAUAUAAUCGGCGAUUUUAACAAAGAAAUUGAAGAUGAAAUUAAACAAUUAUUAAACUACAAUAUUAAUAUUCAAGAUGACUUGGAAGAUCUUCGAAAAGAUAUAAAAGACAAUUUUGAAAAACCAAUCGAAACUACAAUCAAUAAUAUAAGUGAGGUGGUAAAUCAUGUUAUAAAAAAACUAGUAAAGAGCGAUGUUGGUACUGAAACAAACGUAUCAAGUAAUGAAGCUAAAGGUGAAGUAAAUAUUGUCAACAUGAAUCAAACAAAUGAGGUUAAUGUGAGAAUGGAAAUUAACUUGAGCAGGCCUACAUUCUUAUUACUGGAUAACUGUCACGAACAAAUACAAGAUGCGGCUUUGUCUGAUGGAAAGGAAGAAAUAAAUUUAAAUGAAGAUGAGUAUGAUGCGGAAAAAUUAAGCAAUAAUGUAGAGACUACAAUCAAGCAACUAAGCACAGAGUUAAGAAAAAUAAUUCCCAAAUUAAAUGAAAUGCGAGAACGCGAUAAGUUAUGGGCAGAUAGGCCUAUAAUCACUGAUGGGAAUUCCAACAGGAUAUUAAUGAAGUCAAGCAAUACGUCAAAUUCAAAGAAAGACACGCGCAGUCAAACUCAUUAUGAAAGCAACAGGCAAUUAAAUAAACUCAACUACCAUCGUGUUCCGAAUAAAAACCCUGUAAAGGCUCAAAGUGGACCUAAAGAUCCUUCCAAAUAUGCUCAACACAAUUCGUCCGUCCCUCAAGAUAAUAUUAAUAAUGUAGCAGACAGUGAGUUGGAUACCUUCGAUGUUUAUAAUAUAGAAACAGCGCUGCCGAAGUUAGAUAUAGACACUAUAGAAAGUUACAUAAAGGCCGCGAAAGAGGCAGAAAGACGUAAACGAAAUGAUAGGGAGGAAAUCAGGAAAAGGUUAGCUAUGGGUAUAGAUUCAGAAGAAUACUAUAGUCUGGGUCACACCGACCGGCCAGGGAAAAAACCCAGCUUACAUUCACGAUUACAAAAUGGAAAAAAUUUACAAAUAUGUAUCAUGAAUGAGACAGCUUCUGAUAAUGAAUCUCAAUGCUCAGACUUGGACAGAAGUUUUAGUAGUAAUAGUAAAAGUUUAUCACGUUCAAGUAUAUUCAGCAAGAGUAGUUAUAACCAUCCCUAUCAGACGAGACCACUUUCUGUCAACAUAACAAAACAAGAUAAAAUAAACACAGUUCAGAGUGGUUUCAAGUUGCACCCUGCAUCUUUAAUAUCUAAAUCACCAAAAACCCGUUCAACCCAAUCUUUGAAUCAGAUUGAAUUAAAGGAAUCUGAUUUCUAUGCACUGCAAGCAACACUGCAGACUGAAGCUAGAAUUGCCUUAGCACAAGCGAAGGAAUUGGCCCGCAUACAAAUGGAGCAUGAGCGAAGAAGUCGACCAGUAUCACCUGUCACUGAAAUGUUACGUCGCAGUAUGGAGAAGGCCAACGUGCCACUUGCGCCUGAUCGUCGGCGCGUUUCAAGGCAGAUACUUACUGAUAUGAACAUAGCUCAAUUACAGGUAAUUGUCAAUGAGCUGCACUCUCAAAUUGAGUGUCUUAACGACUCACUUGUCAAACUUUUGAUGGCCAGAGACGAAUUACACAUGGGGCAAGACUCUAUGCUUGUUGAUAUUGAGGACCUUACCCGAUACUUAGGUGUUAAAGAACAAAGCAAGAAGUCCAAAGGCCCUGCCAAAUCUGGAGUGAGGCGACUCACCGCACUGGUGCACAAAUAAACAUCGGUUUGGUAUUCAUGUUAUUGAUAUUAUAUCAGAACCUCCUGUUAUUAUUACACCGAAAUAAUUUAUAGGUCACAAAGAAAAAGUGCGGUAAAAAUAUUAAAAUAAUUUUAUUUCAUAAUAAUAGUGAUAAUUUUUCUAUAUAUUUUUUGUCAGUUAAUUCGUGGUUCAUACAAAUUACCCUAAUCGAGAUUGGUAUGGAAAUGAAGUACCAUUAAAACUAUAUUCAUAUAGUUGGCACAAACAAUAAAUACAUUCAAAUACUUCACAUAAAAUUCAAGCAUUUAUGCGUUGCUCUGUCAGAGAUCGACAAUUUCGACAGUUUCGUUCCGAAAUUUGACGUAUAGAGAGACUUGACAAUAGUUUGUAGUAAAAGUACUGAGCACUGUCAGACGUCAAACGUCAUUUCUAUGUAGACAUUUGACUCGUUAGAACUUUCAAAACUUCAUAUUUUAUUAAAAAAUUAAAGAAUUGUUUUUUAAAUAUCUUUUUUAAUGUUCGUGCCCAUUGUAUAUUUUUUUGUAUCUACCGUACUUUUUCGAGAUCCGAUAAAGAAUUUCUAUUGAUACAAUUUCAAAUUCUUACGUAGUCAUAGUACAAUGUUACAAUGCAUGGAACUAGUAUAUACAAUUGGAUAAUGUUUAUACUUGUAUUUAGGCAAUAUGCUAUUUGCAGAUACCCAGUGAUAAAUAUAAUAUGGGAUUAAUAUUAUUAGGUUUUAUGGUGCAACGUUUUAUCAAUAAUCUUGGCAAAUGUUAUUGGCAUUAAAAAUACGAUAGUUCGAAAGGAGAAUGACCGUCUUUAUUAAUAGUAGUUUUUAAAUUUACUUGCAUUAAAUAUAAAUAGAUGUAUAGUUCUACCGGGUUCUAAAGCUAAUAGAUAUUUUGUUAAUGUUAAUCAUACUCAAUCACAAUCUAUUGUUCUCGUCUAUUAAUUAUUGUUUAAUAACUUAAUAAUCAUUAAUAUUUUGUUUAUUUAAAACGGGACCGAAACGAAAAGAGACGGGACCUAAAUAAAAAAUCCUUUAUUUGUCCCAAAUCGAUGUGGUUCAAUGUUCAACCUUGUGCGAACCCAUACAGAUGUCAAGUUUGGUCAUUCUCCUUGAUUUAUGUAAUGUUCCCGGGAUCUAUGUAGUAUUAUAGGAUGUAAUAGUUGAAAUUUCGUCUGGCAUUUAUAUGUUGAGUGAAUUCGUCAUACACGAUAACAGAUGAUUUCUAUUCUUAUUUUGAUUCGAUUUUUAAACCAGGGAAUUAUACUAUUUCAAUUAUCAGUUUUGCAAAAUGUUUUCAUGAGUCACACGAGACUCUAUGUCUUUGGCAAGCUUGCAUUACAAACAUAACCCAUAUUAGUAUGGUGGGCUCAGUUUCCACACUAAGACGCUCAUUUGGUCCGCGUCUCAUACAAAAUCUCCCAUACUAAUUGUUGUAUUUCGUGGUUUAAAUAAUCAAUAAAAAAUAUCAAGUGAAAUAUAAAAUAUAAGUCAUUUCUCCGUAAUAGUAGACAAUUUAAUUUAUUACAUAAAGUGCUAGUAAUUACACUACUCAAAUACCCAGUUCCUAUUUUACGUACUGCAUAUUCAUUUGAAAGCAACAGGUAGAGUUUUUUUUUUAAUAUUCAAUAUUUGUUUCAUGUUUCUGUAACAAUAGUUCGAUAUUUAAAAAAUUGCCUGUCACAAGUUACGUCACAUUGACAGUUUGAUGUAUAUUUCGUUACAAAUGUUACUGAAAUAGAUACAAGUGGAGUGAUCAUUGCAUAAUGAAACGUCGUAUAAACAACUAUACUUCUGAAGUCAUGCAUUUUUUACCUUUAGAUUUUUUUUACUUAUGACUUCAGCCAUGCUUUAUACAGAUAAAUUUAACAACUAGAGCGAAAGUUCUUUUAACAUGAGAUACAGAACAUUUGUUUUAAUCAGAUAAGUAUAAUUAGAACAUAUGAUUUCCCUUUUUCAUAUUAGAAAGAUUCCAUGUUUACUGUAGCCCUAUGCGAUGCUAUACCAGAUGUAUAUUUAGAAGUUUUUUAGGUUUAACACCGUGAUAAAAUUCAAAUCUUUACGGUGUUAGUAUAUUUUUAAUUUUUUUUUCAAUUGGUUUAUUAGACCUUGAGUAGUAAGGGAAACUCUAGAUGAAAAACAAAAAUGUUUUGAAAACUUUUUUUUAACAUUAUUAUUAAAAGGUAUCUAAAAGUAAUCAUUGAUAAAAUGUGACGUAAUUUAUGAAAGGCCAAUUAGAUUUAGUGACGUUUGUGAUUUGCAUAUUAGGAUAAUAUUUUUCAUUAAUAGUGCUCAUCAUAGAGUUAAUGCACGACGGGCUGAUAUAAACAGGGUUCGGAUUAGUUGCUUAGUUUAAUUGCGAUAAGCAUCGCGCUAUAUUUUUUCAUUAUUUAGAUAAGGCAACGUUAGUUGGACCAAGUGUAAUUCGGUUUCUAUAUUCAACUAACGGAUUGGGACGCUCUAAGCUCCAUGAUGCGAAAAAGUAUGUAAUAUUUAAUUAAUAACAGUUUUAUUUUUAAAGCAUUACUAAUAGAUACGAAACGAUUUGAAUUUAGAAUUUCAUGAUAUUUAAACAUUAAAUGAUUUUGUCGAUUUUCCAUAGAUGGCGCUAUUUUCAAUUAAAAUACUUACGCAUGUAACAGACUAUAUACUAGAUGAUGUGAAGCCAUAAAACAAUCUCUUCUCGUUACCAUACUAAGCCUCAAUUGAUAUAAAUCUUCCUAGAUCUGUUUCUAUGACUAUCCAUUAUUUACGUACUUGAAUGUUAACCUUUUGGAAAGGACGGAUCAGUAGCCCCACUGAGUUCAAGGUAACGUAAGGCAUCAAAUAAUUGUAUGAAAACCGUUUCUUACAAUUUCUUUACAAACAUGUAAAUCAGAGAGCGUUAAUCUCGACUGAGCUUUAACUAUUUAGUUUGAUAUUAUGUGUGUAACUCAAAUGUACAUAUAUGCAAAUAGUCGCACUAAUCACAAUACAUGUCAAAAUAUUUCACUAUUAGAUCUUUAAAGUUUAAACUUUAAAACGUGUCUCCAGUUAAUAAAUUUCAAAACUAUCGAUAUUUUAAAAGGAAGAUAAGAACCGUGGUAACAAACUCCAUGCUGUCUUUAUUCAAGAUUUUAAAAAUCCUUUUCGGACUUUUACAUUAAUAUUAGGUUCCUGACUUAAGAUGCGUUUUAAAGUACAGCCACACAUAAUAGAAAAGUACCUUUAUAUAGGGAUGAAAAUCCUUUUUAUUAGUAGAAUUCUGAUAAGAUAUAAAAUAGUUAAUUUGGGAAGGUUUUAUUUCAUCAUUCCGUAAUUGCUAAUAUCGUUACAAAUAAAAACCAUUACAGUGCUACAUUGAUCGCUAUGAGAUUUAAAUAAUAUUUUAAAACGAACCGUAGAUUUGAUCACUUAUUUUAUGAAACUGAAUGAAUGUUUUCAUUACAUUUAUUGCCGGUAUGAUACUUCAAAAUGAAGUUGUACGAUUCCAAAUGGUAACUAAUGUAUGGAAAUUAUGUUUAUAAAAGUUAACCUAUUCAAUAAUUUACUGUGUGAUGGCUAGUUUUAUUUUAUUUGACAGUUUCAUGAAGUUAUCAAAUCUACGAUCAACGUUUUGACUUUAUUAUGUGUCUGCAAUUAAUAAUCUUCAUAGCGGAUUUUAAAGUUAGCAAAAUUAAACUAUACUAGGCAUUAUUAUUAUUUAAGGCAUUUAUUAUUUUUCUUACUUUUUUAUACCUAAUUGUGUUUGUAUAUUUAUGGACACCAAGCUUUUCGAAUUUAAUUUUGCAAACCACCUAUUUUUAUAUUAUUUUUAGUUUCAAUCUUAUUUUCGAUUGGAUUUGUUGCUAGCAGUCGGAAUUUAGAUAUUUUCUAGUUAUUUUUUGGUUGUGUAUUUUAGUUUAUUCUUGCUGAAAGGUCUUCUCGAUUGGAUUUCUUUGUGUUGAUUCUACAUUUGUAUACAUAUCAAUGAUUUAGGUUAUGUAAUCUCAGUAAAUUCUAAAGAAGUUCGCGAUAACAUUAAUUUAUCAUUUAUUGUUGGUAUUUUGCAGAAUCGUAACUAAAAUUAUGUACGAGUUGACCUUUCUUUAUCUAAGUUACCAUUAUGUUAUUUUUAGGAUAAGCUUGUGCAAGAGCAGGUUUUUAGAUCACGGAAAAAUCAUACAACUUCCGUUAUUGCCGCCAUUGCUGAAAUUAAUACAAUUCUUUCUCUUCAUAGCUAACAUUACGAAUUAAGUCACUUAAACUAAUAUACUAGUUAACAUCGAAAGUAUGAAUCCUCGAACAACCGAUCUCAAUAGAAGUUAAAACUAACUUGAAUUGAAAAAGAUCUCGAAACAUGUGAAUUAUGUUUUAUGUAAUUUAUAGAUUGGAUACAAGUGUUUUAUAAAACAAUAUUUUUAAAAGGCUUAGGGCCUGUUUCACAAUAUCUAAAUAAGUUCCAAAUAAGCCAUUUAUUACUUAUUGGUAGGAUAAACAGUAUUUUUGCGUUUCACGAGUGUCAGAUAGCGUCUAUUCGUCAUGAUACGCAAAGUAUCUUAUUCUGAACUUUUAUCUUUCGAAUAAUUUAUGUGUUGCAUAGUUAUUUGGUACUUUAUCCAUACAUUGUGAAACAUGCCCUUAGUGUAUUCGACUUAAUUCUCGAAUAAUCAUGCGAAGUCCGACGAAUAAACCACGAACGAUAAAUCAAUGCUAUACAUGUCUAUUUAUUUUAAAUGUAUUGUUGUAUACAGUUUCAUCUUAAAUUUAACAAGUUUACAGAGGCCGUUAAAUUUCGCCGGUUCUUUAGAAGUUAAAGUUGUUUUGUAUUAUUAAAAAAAGAGUCGUAGUAAUAAUUAUCACACUAAAUAUAUUCAAAAGUGUUAUUUAAAUGUAUUCGAUAGUAAAUGUCAAAUAAAAACAACAGAUAUUGUAAACCAAGUAAGGAUUCUUCGAUUUGAAUUAUAUAAUAUUUUACGAGUCCCAUUUGCGUGGUCUUAAAUGCGCCACCCACUUAUAACAAUUAAAUCAGAUGUAUCAACUAAAUUCUUACGUCUCUUUCUGUCAAAUUGUUUGUACGCUGUGAUGAAAAGAGACAGUUCACAGGGAUUCAGUUUUUCUUUAUAAAAAAUGACAGAUAUACAUACUGAUAUUGCAAUAAUUGUUAAAAUUAUAAACAUUUCGCAUUUAAAUGAAUGCUUUGGCGUGCUUCAAAUCCAUUGAUGACGUGAUACCACUAUACCUGAAUAAAUAAAUAAAUGUUGUAUA